GCUUCGUUAAAGUUUCGUUAAAUAACUCUUGUAAAUUAAUUUCUGUUUUCUGUGCUUUUUGAUUGGAUAUUCCUUCAAGCAUUUAGCAGUUACUCAAAAAUGAUCUUCCUGAGAAGAGCUUACAGAAUUUGAUUUCAUUGCAUUUCAUUAAACUUUUCGCAGUUUCUCAAUAAGUUUUUGGAAUUAUAUUCGUGAGAUAUGAAUAGAAAUGUUCAAAACCAUUAUCACAAUGGAUCAAGACAUCAAAAUAAUGCUUCAGAUGGCAUCACUCAGUCAGAUGCAGUAUCACCAAGAUUCAGAACAGAUCUCAACAAUCAAGAAGUUAUGAAUUUUUGUUAUUCAUGCAAAUCUGAUUUCAUCAUAAGAUCUGUACAUGAUUUAAUGGAUCAUUUCUCGCAACCUCAUGAACGCUUUUCUUCGUACUGUUUGUAUUGUAAAACAGGAAAAGUGCAUCAGUAUAGAAGUGAUACGAAAGGUCUUCAAUUCUAUCACGAUUGCUAUCGAUCAAAAAUGAAUUACGACAAAUAAUCUUAAAAAUUGAUCAAUUCAUAAUUAUCAUAGUAUUUUUAAAUAUUUAGAUAUCAUCUUUGUAAAGUGAAUCUUGCACGAUUUUUAUGGAAUCCAGUUUAAAUGUGCAAAAUAUCAGACAAAAUAUAAGACUGAAUGCGUGCUAGCAAAAUCCAUUUCAUACUCAAA